CUUCAAUACAAAUACUGCCGCAAGCCGGCGUUCUUGUUCCAAGUAGUCACAGCCUAAUGCUCAUUAUGUAAUGACUUUUUGGAAUCUUCCGUUUGAUAUCUUACUCAGAAUCGUUGAACAUCUGCCCCUCGUCGAUAGCUUGGAUAGCUUGAGAAAUAAAGUUUUCGAAAGCUCGGUAGACACGAAACGUGCCAUUGAAAGGGUGCAAGGCAACGCGUGGAACCAGAUAUUUAAGAAAGGCAGUACAUGGGCUACAGAUGUACGAGAAAAGGGAUUCGAGCUCGUGUUGGUUGGCCCAUUCUACCCGUCUCCUAAUGGCACAUUCGAUCGCAAGGCGACCUGGGCUUUAUUGCCGGUUGGAGGAGGAGACAAGCUUGUUCAGGGUUUAGACCCACAGAAACUUCUAUCUUCAUUAACCGGAAAAGUAUCUUUAUCGACUCUUGACAUGGAGUGUCAAGACUUUACGUUGAACCUCAGCGGCAUCCUAGAGACGGGGACUCUCAUUUUUAUAGAUUGUAAAGAGCUGAAGACGAACAGAAAUCUGUACUUAUUGCGUUAUGAGAGUCGGCAGGCAAUGGAAUCGCACAAACCAGAAGUUUGUGGUAGCGGAUUCUCCGUCGACGUAGACAAAACCGAGCUGGUAUUUUUCCCCUUGCCUGGUCAAAUGAAGCUUUCGAGACAGGUACGAGGAGCUCCAAUGGCGUCAGAAGAACUCUCUAUAAAGCAUGAGUGGCUGCCUUAAAGAAAGAUACAAGCCACGUAUAUGGCGCAGAGCUUUUAUCAAUAGCUCUUGUAGACCGACCAAGGAAAUUACUUCCAAGAAGAUUUCAGAAAUCAUAGAGGUUGUUAAGUCGCUCUAUUAGGGCGAACAACUACAUGUAGCCGAAAGGAUUGUAGGGGCAAAAACGUGUUGGGC